AUGUCUUUCAACAACGAACAGACCUUUUCCCUGCCCAGGGUCAACAGAAUCCCGCAGCGGAUCUACACCGGCUGCACCGGCGAGCAGGCAAGGAGCACCACCAACGGCAGCAGAGCCCUGCGCCGAGCCUGCCCGCGCAUCGCGGACGAGACGGCCAGCACCUGGACUCGGGUCCUGCGGCCAUCGCUGCAACUCUUCUCCGUCAUCUUCGCCCUCGUCUUCAUCAUCGGCGGCCUCUUCUUGGUGCUCUGGGCGCUCUUUGCGAGCUCGGCAUCCACAUCCGCACACACAAACACAAACACACCUGAAUCUGCUGGUCUGCUGGUGCCCACGGCAUCCAUGUCGCCGUACGAGAAGCUUGGGCUGCCCCAGCUGGAGAAUUUUGGCAGCAACGCACACAUUACCGACACAGAAAUCCGGGCGGCGUACCGCAAGGCCGUGCGACACUUCCACCCGGACAAGGUCAAGGCGAAAACGAGCGAGCAGCUGCUGGCGGCUGAAGAGCACGUAAGGCUGAUCAACGAGGCGUACGAGGAGCUGACGGACCCGUACCGGCGCUGCCUCCUGGACCAGGUCUGGGGGUGCUGGCGGCACCUAGAGAAACAAUUGGAGGAGGAGAUGCGACAGAGGGAAGAAGAGCAGAUGGAGGAGCUGCGGGCAGAGGCGGCGCAGAUGCACAUGCACCAAGACGAUGCCGACGACGGCCAGACAGAGAACCAAGCAGACGAUCCCUUCGGUCUGGUCGUCGUCAUGUUUGCACAGGUCGCCGCCUACAGAGCCGCCCGCAGUAUCCUCUCGCUGCUCGAAGAAUUGGACGGCCUUACUGGCGGUUUUGGAAAAUAUGUCCUGCGAGGCAUAUCCUAUUUGGCCGGCCGACUGCAGAGUCGUAUCCGCAUAGUUUGA